GAACACAUUGUCAUUCUACCCGACUUAUAACCUGCGCUAAUUAAUACUCACGUGAAAUUAAGAUACGUAUUGGAUGAUUGAGACAUGGACUGAAAGAUUCCGCAAUAUGAUUUUUACGCCUGCAUAAUUUUUUUUCAUUCGCUCAUAAGAGAAUAAAUAUUACCAGCGAAGUGUGAUUAAGGGGAUUAUAAGAACGGUGUAUAAAUGAAAAUUAUUCAAUAAUGACUGUUGGACUAAUGGAUUUGAUACAAGACUCUUAGUUGUAUAAAUUUUUGUGCAACACAAUUCAAAGGAUGGCCAAUCUUUCCGUGUUGUUUGUAUUGGUUCAUCUUUCUAUCAUCAGAAUUCAAGUUGCAGACUUGGCAGUUUGCAGUGGCAUUUUCCGCCCCUUGACAGGAUUGUAUGAGUAUUGUUACUGGAUGACAGCAACCAUGCAAAACAGCACUGAAAGUAGCGAGCUGUGUGGACAAGAUGGCGGAACGCUUGCUUGGGUGAAUAGUCAAGAGGCGCAGGAAUUUGUAAAGAGUAUCUUUACGGGAAAGCUGGCCCCUGGGAGCCAGUUUUACAUCGGCGUCCAAGAUCGCGAUGUAAGUGGGGACUAUUAUACGUACACGAAGGAGAAACAGCAUUACUUUAACUGGGACACCAUUGUGUAUCAUCCUCCUGGCCAACCUGCAUGGCAGUGCGUCAUGGUUGUCUAUGACACCUUUAAAUGGCGGGAAGUGAGGUGCUUAUUUCCUAAACUGGCACUAUGUUCAAAGGCGAUACAAAGAGAAUAUUUAUCCUCCUAUCUUAACCGAGUUCAUUACGGGAAAGCCUUGUCAGGCUAUGAAGUCUUUGUGUUGGAAGACGUUAGUUUCAUUCGCUGUGCUUUUGCUUGCCAGAUGAACGUCAGAUGCAGGUCCAUCAACCAUGACGUGACGAGCAGACGAUGUACCGUCAACAGCGAAACAGCCACUAGUUACCCCGCUCAAUUAACAGCGGCCCCCGGUGUCAGUUAUUAUACCGUGUUUAUAUGAGUCCGCUCGACUAUUAAAGGACCGAAUCACCCGUAUUAGAUUAUGAAGAUUCGGUAUAACAUCUACGCCUAUUAAAAUAAAAGUAUCUACUUCAUUAA